CUAUAUAUAUACCCCACCUUUGAAUCUUGAUAUCAUACAUUGAAACACAAGUAAAUAAGUGUGAAAAAACAAGAUGAAGAAUUUGAGUAUGAUUCUGACAUUUCUAGUUCUAUUUCUCCUCAGUAUGGAGAAAGUGCAUGGUUUUGAUUGUGGAGCAGCAGAGACAUCUUUAUUAUCUUGUAAGCCAUUUCUCAUCGGUCAGGAUAAUAAGCCACCAACUAGUUGUUGCCUUGGCGUUAGAUUUAUAGAAUCAUCAGCACCCACUGUUGAAGAACGUCGUGCCGCAUGUGAAUGCCUAAAAAGAUUGGCUAAUCAAAUCUCUAACUUUAGAGAUGAUUUAGCUGCCUCACUUCCCGAACUUUGCGGUGUUCACUUAGGUUAUACUAUAAGUAGACACAUGGAUUGCAAUAACAUUCCUUGAACAAAAUGGAGAAAUAAUAAACUAAACAGGGUCCACACUCAGUUGUUCUUAUAUAAAUAAUACAACCCUUUGUAAUAUGUUCUAUGAUGGUGUAAAAUAUAAAAAUUGAUGUUAAUAAAUAUAUGAUAUUUAUCUUUACUUA